AUGUCAACUAGCCAGCAGAUUCAAAAGACAAUCCUGGAUGUCAUAUACAUUGAUGAUCCAGAUACUAUAGACUGGUCCAAUGGUUACCUGAAAAGAUUACAGUCUGCUACAUCUACUCUAUACAAUGCCUCUUUUAACAAAGUGAUGUUGAGACCGAAUGAAGAAGCUGCAAGGUGUCACAUAUGUGCCUACAUGGCUUGUCAGAAAUUACAAGAGAAAAAUAUUCCUGAUUUACAAUUUUUUAUGGAUAAUAUUCCAUUGGAACCUAAGAAAAUACGCCAUCUUCUUGACAUAUUCAAACAACAAUUAUAUCAAAUGUCACCUGUCAAAGGGAUACAAUGGUCCCCAAGUCCCAAGAAGAAAAGUCGAAGAAAUUCGCCAUUGAAGAAUAAUGAUAGAUUUACCGCGACUGAUCCUAAAGAAUUACGAGAACAAUUAUUUGGUACACCAUCGAAACGGAAGGAUCAAUCAAAAGAAAAUUUAUUGCCACCUUCUGCACCAAUGUUUGCCGAUAGUCUUCCAGAUGAACCACCUUCAGGUAGUGCGCCUACACCAAGAAGAAAACUAGCCUUUGAAGAAGAUGAUAGUGAUGACGAACAAACUAAAGAACCCUCGAAAAGAAGAAGAACCACUGGUAAAGUAACUGGCUUGAAGAAUAAAACAAACGGGGAAUCUAUAUUUGGUGGUAAAAAUAGCUCUAUAGAAGAAAAAAUCGUUGAUGAUAGUGACAGUGAUGAUAACUAUAAUCCAACCAAUGAAAAUUCAAAUGAUGUUACAAAUGAUUCUGAUGUUGACGCCGAACUUGAUGCUGAUGAUAACGUUGAUGACCCUAAGAACGAAUCAGAUAAAAAAGAGGGGCUUAAUACGGCGUCACAAAAGAGAGCCCAACUUUCGAAAACUCAACGUAUGGGUGCGGUGAAAUUUAAUAAGACGCACUCUGCUAUUGAUAAGGCCAAUUUAUUAACAAGACGUUACGCAAAACCAACAUUAGAUGAAGUUAUUCAAGUAUGUAACCAAUUUGAACUUCCUAGAGCAAUUGCAUUACAUGUCAUAGAUUCAUUCUUAAUGAAUGCCAACUAUUUAAUGUGUCCUUGGCAGUUUGUAUGUGGACUGGUGAUGAACUGUGUCUAUGUUGUAUUUCAUGAAAGAAGACUAAAGGAUCCACGAGUAGAUCACUUGAUUAUGGAAAAAAUGAUGCAUUUGAUGCAUUGUCCCGGAGCUGAAGAGGUAGUUGAAUGUAUCAAAAUUGUAAAGGAAUCAUUAACUGGUGAAAAAUGGUUUAGAGAUAUGCAGAUUAAUAAUAAUUAUUUUGAUGGACAAGGUUAUGAAGAAGUAAUUAUUGGGAAAUUAGGUUCUAUGCUACAAAAGAAAAAUUAUUUAGUAACAGAUGAUCAAUAUGCUGUUUGGAGACGAAGAAUUGAACAGGAUUUAUCUAUGAGACAAACAUAG